AUGGCUCCCUUCAGCCUGCCCUCCUUCUCCCCCGCCACGCUCCAGCACAACCUGCUCUCCUACCUCGUCCGCCGCUUCCUCGGGCCCCUCCUCAAGCACCCGCUCGACCACCAGCUGGCCACCCCAGCCCACCCGGGAACAUUCGUCCUCAAGCACGUCCAGCUCGAUCCCCAGGUCACCCCUUCCCCCUAUCUUCGCACCAGGACUAUGACACUAACCCAGUUCCGCGCGCAGGCCCUUCAGGACCAACUUGCAGGCUCAUUGGCGCCCUUCGCCAUCCACGCAGUCUCCGUCGCAGAGCUUGCACUCCAGAUCAACUGGCCCUCAUGGUCCUUCUCCCUCCAAGGAUACGUGCCCGACGUCAAGGUCUCAGCACGGGAUGUCCAAGUCACCCUCGCCGUCUCCGAGCAUCCACCCAGCCACUUGCCACAGCACGAACCGCCCUCCCAUCUGCUCAACCCCAUCCACUUAGACGAAAAUCUGGCGACGAUCGCACACGAUUUUGUCGGCCAAGGAUGGCCGGAAUCCUCGGCCUACGACGACCCCUCCGACCAGCUCUUCCCCGGCGCAUUCACCACCAGAACCAACCCCGCCUCCGCUGCCGACCAUGACCAGCGCGGAUUCUUCGCCGGCUUGGUCCAGAACAUCCUCGCCAAAUUCAACUUCGAACUCACCCAGCUCACCGUCAUCCUCAACCACCAGCACCUCCAAGCACUCCUGUCGAUCGACAGCAUCACAAGCUUGGAUCUCUCCUCCGACGAGCCCCACCCGCCGAGCUCGAUCUCCCGCGAAAUCCGCACAUCCUGCCCGGUCAUCUAUCUCAAGCCUCUCUCAGACCAAGAAGCUGAUCGGCCCGGCCCCCCCUCAUCUCCUAACUCCUCAUCAAACCAAUCCCUGGACUCUGAACAUGACAUGCUCAUGUCCCAAGCCACCGUGGAUCUCCGUCGGCCUGCCCCUCUGUUCGCCUCGGCUGCUGAAACUUUGGAUCCCAUCGACGAGCAGAACCUUCUAGAAAAGCCAUCGCCGUCUGAACCCAUCAUCAAGCCUGAGAAUGUCGUGCUCCAAUUCAUCGGCACAUCCACAAACGGGCCUGCUCAAGAGCCAUCAACAGAAUCCUCUGAACUGUCUCCCAAAGACUCCAGAGAUCAUCUAGAUCCGAACAACUCUCUCAGGUUCCUCUUCUGGGUCGCCAACAGCCCGUCAUCUAGUUCAGCUGAAGAAGAGGCCACGCCUAGUACCACUCAGCCGGGCUCAACGGACACUCCCACUCAAGACCCGCCACCCGAACCGGCCAUCCAACAACGCCGCCCCCAACUGAACAUCCAGAUCCAUCUUCCGGUCCUAGCUGUCUCCAUCCGAUUGCCGCGCCAUCUGAAUGCCCUCACCCAGCUUGUCUCGACCCUAAUGUCUACAAUACCCUCGACAUCCACCAGUCCUCCAGCCUCCGCACCCGAAACCCCUUCAUUGGCGAUCUCUGCAGAGCUGAAACUACAUGCCCUCAACGGUACACUAGCUUUCCCGACGCCGUACCCCGAGUCAGCCACCCCUGGUGACGAUCUCCCACUCUCGUCGAUCAGCGUGCAAGCCCAUCUGAUCGACCUGGUCUUCAAUACCCCGCUGGCCCAGCCAGUCACGGAGACCCUGCAAGCCAAUCAGCCCCGCUCUGAACUCACGCUCCGGGUAGACCAGAUCAAAGGCGGAUCGGAGAUCAUACACACUUCAUCGUCAACCAGACUCAAGUCCGUCUUUCUCCUGGCGCCUGCGCGCGAUGACCAUGCUAGUCCAGCCCUAUCCGUUACCCACACCAUCGAUUCCAUGCAGAUCAUCUCCAGCUCGAUCUGGCUGAACUUGGAUCUGGAUGUCCUGGCCGUCUUGAUCCCCCUAAUCGACGCCGUCCGGGCGUCCUCCAUGCCCGCCAAUCGGCCUAGCUCGAGCGGCGUCUCCGGGGCCGAAGACCAUCCAAAAACAUCUGCGCCACUUUCCGGCGCGAAGAAGGAAGACAAGUACACGACGACAGUCUCGAUUCCGUGUCUGUACAUGGACGUCCAAUCGCCCGGUGAAAUGGCGCCAGCCAGGCCCGAUCGAUGUGCCGGAGAGCGGGUGCUAGGCGCGGUGCUGAAGAGCUUCCAGAUGAUUGCGACCUCCGAAGGGCAGAUCGGAUGCUCGAUCUUCGAGGUCGCACUGGGCUUCCGGGUGGGCACGACGGCCGAAGCGCGUGCCCGUGCGCCCCUCUCGCCCUUCCUCGGCAUCGCCCACGCCUGCAUCCCAGCCUCGAAGGACCAGCACCACCGCUUCCCCGGCCUCCGGCUCACCCACAUCCUCCCCCCUCCUACCACCCCCCUCGACCCCGCACGGAGCUCGUCUGAGAACGAGCCCGGCCACAGACCUACGAGCUUCAAGCUCGAGACCGUCACGAUCGACUUCUCCAAGGACCAGUUCGACAGACUCCAGUAUUGGGUCGACGACCUCGGCCGCUGGGCCACCGCUCUGUCCAUCGCCUCGCCUCCCGCAUCGUCCGGCCCCUCAUCCCAUGCAGACCAGCAUAGGCCCUGCCAAUCCAAAGCCGCGACGGGACGUCGCCAAGAGGAGGACGACAAUCGUAGCGGAAAAGAGAGCCUCGUGGGCACCCUGACGGUCUCCAAGAUCGCCCUCACCAUCCGGCUCCCCCCGGCCGACCUCCCCUCCCAGCGCUCCCCUCCCCCACCCAUCAAACUCGUCAUCCAAUUCGACCUGCUCUCGAUCCACCAGCUCCGGCUGCCCUUGCACGCCGAAUUCGACGCCCAGACCCGCCUGCUCAUCCGCGCCUGCUCCGCCGCCCUCCACCACAACUCCACCGGUUCCCCGGUGCCUAUCCUGUAUCGCGCCCCCGACCACGAUCUUCUCGAACCCCCGUCUGCGGACUCGUCGGCCGUUUCCCUCGCGAUCUUCGCCACCCAAUCUCCGCCGCCGGAGGCCAGAACCAGCCAGCCCAAGAAGAUCCAGCUCGGCCUCCAGGUCAGCCACACGAUCGUCCGGCUCGGGCCGUGCUGCACAUGGACCGCCGAGCUGGCCCGCUUCUUGAAAGCGCCCGCCGGGGUCUUUGAGGCUGUGGGCCCCGAAUACCGGUCGCAGAUCAGCGUCGAUCUGGCCGGCUGUGCGCUCGAGCUCGUCGCCCCCCCGCCCCCCUCAUCAACAGCAGCAACAAUGGCGGCGCCGGGACCUGCGGCCGACGACUGUUCUGCAAACGAGCACGCGCCGCCGCCCGCGUUCGUCCUCCAGAUCCUGGCCACCCAUGCCCGCCUCAGCCUCGCCUUGGACCCCCAAUCCUCCGUCGUCUCGCCCCUCCUCGCCGCCUCCCUCCUCGUCUCCUUGGCCGAGGCGCCCGCGUCUUCUUCCCCCGUCCCCUCCGACCCUCUCAGUUUCGCGGAGAUCGUCGCGUUGGAUGAUCUCGCUGUCUCGGCCGUCUAUGCCUGGACGUCCGGCCGGCCCACCUGUCGAACGACGUUGCAUCGAGGCAAUCUUGCGGUCUCGUUGUGUGCCGACUCGACGGAUAGUCUCGCGGACGUUAUCUCCAGACUCUCUGCGAUCCCUUUCCAAGCUAAAGCGGAUCUGCCUCGCGAGGAUGUGGAGUCCUCGCCGCCUGCUCCACGGGUCGAAGAUCCGAUAGUUGCGUCGACGAUGCUGAGGUCGGCUAUGAGAGAGUCGUCGUCUUCUCGUUCGAGGUCUAUCCUCAUCCAGAAAGAUGAGGAUCUUGCCGAAGAGGAUUACCCGUCCAACGUCGCCUUUCUUGACCAGAAACAGCCCACCCUCUCUCACCAUCAUCACCACUUGGUUGCCCCAAACACGCCGGCCAUUCUUCGCCCUCUCUCGGGCCAGGGUCUCAACAUCAUCGACGAUUAUCUUUUGAACGUCCCCUCCCCUUCGAAGGCCUCGUCCCAGACGAUUGAGGCUGAGGUGCAGGUGGAAGACCUGGAUGUCGUCGUCAGAUUUUACGACGGUUAUGACUGGAAUUCGACCCGUCAGACGAUCCAACAGGCGCAGAAGACGGUGCGCAAGAAAUUACAAAAGAUCCGACAACUGUUGGCGACCGGGACCCCGGCGGAUGCCCGGUCGAUGGAGGAAAAUUUGGGGCCGACGACGUUGUUCGAGUCGGUCCAUCUGGGCCUGGAUGCGUCGACGCGAGGGCUGAGUACUGCCCAGCUGCUCGAUGCGAUCGACGACCAGUUGGAGAAGGAGCCCGGCGAGCCCGCCAGCGACGAUCCCGAGAGCAUGGCCGACAGCUGGCAGUCGUUGGCCGCACAUCCAUCCAAGGACCAUCCCCCACCUCGUCUGGUCUCUGUCCCGUCCUCUAAGCAGCAACACCUGGCCAGAUCUGCCCAGCCGAUGCUGAACAUCCUGCUCAACGGAGUCCAGGGCCGCUUCCGCAAGUACCAGGAGCCUCCUCCUUCUCGGCCGGCCGACCCCUCCAAAGACGACCAGUCCAACGACGCCAGAAUCACUAGUCUCCAUCUCAAGACCGACGCCCUCACGAUCAUCGAUAACGUGCCCACAUCCACCUGGAAGAAGUUCCUCACCGAGCUCAGGCCCGGCGAGGGCGGGAUGAUGCGCCCCACCGGCGCGCCCAUGCUUCGGCUCAGCUUCCUCGUCACGCCCUCCGCCAGACUCUCGGCCCGCAACGAGGCCAUCGUCAAGCUCAAGAUCUCGCCCCUCAGAUUAUACGUCGACCAGGACGCCGUCGACUUCUUGAAGACCUUCUUCGCCUUUCAGAAUCAUGCAUCUCCCUCCCCCGCCUCCGCCUCUCCGAUCUCGUCAUCACCCGAGUCGGCUGGACCACCAGUCGAGGGCCUGUUUUUUCAGCGUGUGGAGAUCCUCCCGAUUCGCAUCAAGCUGGAUUAUAAACCGAAGCGGGUGAAUUACAUGGCGCUCAAGGAAGGCAAAACGAUCGAGUUGAUGAACUUCUUCCACUUCGAAGGCUCUGAUAUGGUUCUAAGACAUGCCACUUUGACCGGGAUUUCACGCGCUAGUAAGAUAGGAGAGUUAUUGCAAGAGAUCUGGACGCCGGAUGUGAAAGCGAACCAAUUGGCGGAUGUGAUCUCAGGGAUCGCGCCGGUGCGAUCGGUGGUGAAUCUGGGGACGGGGAUUGCGGAUCUGGUGCUCCUGCCGAUCGAGGAGAUGAAGAAGAAAGAUGGCCGGCUGAGUCGCGGGAUCCAGAAAGGCACGAGCUCGUUCGCCAAGAACACGACCCUAGAGGUGCUCAAGCUGGGCGCUCGAUUGGCGGUCGGGACCCAAGUGAUCCUCGAGAAAGCCGAGGCUAUCCUCGGCGCAUCCGCGGUCAAUCAUCCCCUGCGGGGCGAAACUAUCGUCCCCCCAACCCCCGCUGCUCCGUCGACCGAUCCCUCUCUCCAUCACCACCAUCAUCCGGAACAGGUCAGUCGAUACGCCCUCCAGCCCCAAAGCUUCGCGCUCGGCGCCCACUCCGCCUACCUGGAUCUGCGCGACAACUUCCGCUCGACCGCCCAGACGAUCCUGGCCGUGCCGUUGGAAGUGUUCAACGAAGGCUCCGGACACGCCGUCGUCAAAGCCAUCCCCAUCGCCAUCCUCCACCCCAUCGUCGGCGCCUCCGGCGCCAUCAGCAAGACCCUCCUCGGCCUCCACAACUCGCUCGAUCCGAACGCCUCCGCCUCCCUUCUUCUCGACAAAUACAAACAGGACUCUCCCCCUCGCCCGUGA